AUGGAUCCAAAAGGAGGCUUAUGUGCUAAUAACUGCAGAAGGUCCUCUUCCUUAACCGCUCCUGGGAAUGGAUUGCAAACAAAUUUGUCAUCAGAUCCCCCCUCUUUCUAUGGGAUCGGGAUUGAAUCACAUUUCAAUGAAUUCGACCCACCCUCUCCUCCAAUCCAAUCUGUACUUCCUGGUCAAUCUGACACAGAUAUUGAGAUCCCGGACCAAGAAAAUUGUCCACUAAGUGACUCAUCAAAUACCAGUAAGCUCCAAGAUUGGAAUCCAAGUGCAAUGUUGAAUAACCUUUCCUUCCUUGAAGAAAAGAUUCAUCAGCUCCGGGAUCUAGUGCAUUUAAUUGUUAAUAAGAAGUGCCAACCCAUUGGACAACCUCAUGAACUAGUGACUCAGGAACAGCAGCUCAUCACAGCUGAUCUUACAUCAAUUAUUGUUCAAUUGAUCUCUACUGCUGGUAGUCUUCUCCCCUCUGUUAGGCACACCCUCACAAACACAAAUCCCUUGGUUAGUCAGAUUGACCAGCUUCAUGGGAUUAACCUCCCUUUUGGACCAGAACCAAGUAGUGGUAUUAGGCCACAAAAUAAUAGUGCAAAUAAACUGUUUGAUAAGUCCACUCAGAAUGAUCUACCAAAUACUUGUGAAAUGGAGCAAAACUACAACAUGGAAGAACAUGAGCCAAAAGAUGAAGAAGAUGUGGAUGAGGGAGAGAAUCUUCCACCCGGUUCCUAUGAGAUCUUACAGUUAGAAAAGGAAGAAAUUCUUGCCCCUCACACACAUUUCUGUACAAUAUGUGGGAAAGGAUUCAAGAGGGAUGCAAAUCUCCGAAUGCACAUGCGUGGCCAUGGGGAUGAGUACAAAACCCCUGCAGCUCUUGCAAAACCACAUAAAGAAACCGGGUCUGAACCGAAGCUUAUCAAGAGAUAUUCCUGCCCCUAUUCUGGCUGCAAGCGUAACAAAGAUCACAAGAAAUUCCAACCACUAAAGACUAUUUUGUGUGUCAAAAACCACUACAAGAGAACUCACUGUGACAAGAGCUACACCUGCAGCAGAUGCAACACCAAGAAGUUUUCAGUCAUGGCGGACCUUAAAACUCAUGAAAAACACUGUGGCAAGGAUAAAUGGCUCUGUUCUUGUGGCACAACAUUUUCAAGGAAAGACAAGCUUUUCGGACACAUUGCUCUCUUCCAAGGCCAUACACCAGCUAUUCCUUUGGAUGACACCAAAGGAGUGACUGAGCUACCUGAUCCCCAGAACAGAGAAAUCAGCAAUAAGGUAGGAAGUGUGAACUUCUGUUUUGGAUCAAAACCUUCAAGUGAAAAUCUAGUUCCAAACAUGAUGGAUAUGAAAGGUAAUAUUGACGAUCCUAUGAAUUAUUUCUCAUCGCUAAACUUCGAAGGCUGUAACUUUGGAGCAUUUAAUGAAUUCCCUCAAACUCCAUUUGAAGAUGCAGAAGGUUCUUUCUCUUUUCUCAUGUCAGGAUCCUUUAAAUUUGGUGGCGGUGAAUCAAGUUCUGGGAAUCUGCAGUGA